AUGUCUUCUGUGUCCUUGUCCCUCCCCUCGAUGCCCGCCCCUCUGUUGUCUAUCCUGCGAAAGCUCCUCCCUUCGCUUCCCCCUACUGGUCGAGACAUGGAUGUUCCCCCUUUGUACAGAGAAGCAUUCGUGCUGUCAGGGUACCGGCCUUUAGGUCUGCCCUGGAGGUGCUAUGUGCUCAGCCUGUUUCAGAUGCACAAGGACACGGUGACAGUUUGGUGCCCUCUACUGGCUGCAGUGGCUAUGAUGGUGCGGUUCCUGUUCUUCACGGUUCUCCAGGGAGGGGGUGUGCUGGGGGUGCGGCUGUGGGCUCCUGAGGGCCCAGGUGUCUCCUUGGACCCCAGCUCUCUGCCUCUGCUGCUCUAUGUUCUGUCUGCGGUCCUCUGCCUCAGCUGCAAUGCAGUGUCUCUCCUCCUCUACCCCUACACCAGCUGUGUGCGCUCCUGCCUACUCCUCCUGGACUCUGUGGGGCGAGGGGUGCAUCAGGCUGGGCGUGCUCUGGCUCUCAGUCUGUACAGCUCUGAUGCUUCCUGGACAGAGAGUGCUGUGGGCCAGCUCUACUUCCCCACUGCUGCUGUCCUAGCGUGGUUAUCUUGCACCACUGGCUGCUGUGUGGAGCUGUACCCCCACCGUCCAAACCUCCUCCACCGCAAGCUGCUGUGGGGAGGACCUGUGCUUCUGGCCUUCCUCCUGGACAUCAGCCCAGUGGCCCGACGCCUCUACACCUGCUCCUGGAACAACCAGGCAGUACUGCUGCACAGCCUACAGGUGGUGCUGUUUCUGUUGGCAGCCUUGUUCUUCUCCUGCCCCGUGCCUGAGUGCCUAUCUCCGGGUGGUUUUGACAUUCUGGGCCACAGUCGACAGCUCUUACAGGUUCUGCUGACUCUGUCCAUCGUGUGCCAGCAGGAGGCGCUGUUGCAGGACUUCUCGUGGCGGCGGGCAGGACUGGUCAGGAGGGUGGGAGAGGAGAGCUUGCUGUGGUCCUGUGCUGUAUUCUCUGUGGUCACUCUGAGCUGCUCGGUCACCGCCCUGGCUCUAAGGCGCUGCAGAGUGCCCAGAUAA